AUGAGAAGGCCUACUUCCUUAUACUCCUUCUCCUUCGCACCGAACUACGUUUCGAAACGCUUGUAUCCCACCGGCGAAGAAUUCCGCGACUAUCUGAAUGACAUUACAGGAGAAUACAAUCUGGCCUCUCACAUCCAACUGAACACCGACGUAAAGGAACUCCGCUGGGUUGAGGUCGACGCGCAAUGGGAAAUAACGCUUCAGCAUCUGGUGCCCGGCACGGGCGAUCUUAGUACUCGAGAUCGAGAACAAAGAGCUACCACUUCUGGUCGCGCAUCCGUGUACCUACAUGAAGAGGUGGUGCGUGCUAAGGUAGUGGUGAGCUGCGUAGGCAUCCUCGUAGAGCCGAAUCCAUGGCCAUCUUCCAUUCCGGGGCGCAACAGCUUCAAGGGUGAUGUCUUCCACUCCGCACGCUGGCGCGACGACAUCGACCUCAACGGGAAAGACAUCGUGAUCCUCGGUACUGGUUGCAGCGCCGCACAAAUAGUCCCAUCGCUACUAAAGGAGCCCUAUAAUGCCAAAUCCCUUACUCAAAUCGGCCGGUCAGCGCCCUGGGUAAUGCCUCGACUGUCUGAGCCUUUCGGCGAAGAGAAAUAUGCAAGAUACGCACCCUCCGCUAUUUGGUCGACGGUUUUCCAGAAGAAGAAUCAGAAGUGGCGGGCUGCGGUGGAGAAACAACAGCUGGACAGGAUGAAAGAUAUCGUACCAGAAAAGUACCACCAUUUGAUGACGCCAGAUUAUUCUUAUGGGUGUAAGAGACGCGUUUUCGAUACUGAAUGGUUACCCAGUAUGCAAAAUCCAAGCUUCACGCUUACCAAUCGCCCUAUCCAAGCCGUGGAAAGCAAGGAGCUCGUCUUAGGACCAGAUUCUGUACCUGCUGCUGAGGGUCAGGAUCUACCAGCUGAGCAGCGCAUCAAUGCCGAGGUCAUAAUCCUUGCUAACGGCUUCGAAGCGACUCGUUGGUUACACCCACUUUCAGUCUACGGUCGAGACGGCGUGGGUUUACAAGAAGUAUGGAAGCAACGCGGAGGUCCGGCUGCGUACAUGGGAAUGGCUGUCGAUAGGUUUCCAAACUUCUUUAUCGCCGUCGGACCGAACACAGUGAAUGGCCAUCACUCACUCAUCCUCACGAGCGAAAACACGAUCUCUUACGUCUUGAAAAUGAUCAAACCUAUCCUAAGCGAUAGAGUACAGAGAGUCGAAGUGAAGAAACAAGCCGUCACUAAGUGGACCGAGGACGUAAAGAAGGAUCUGAAACAGACAGUGUUCAGCGCAUGUCGCAGUUGGUAUGUGGAUGAAGAGGGUUACAACUCGACUAUGUAUCCGUGA